AUGGCGAUGACGCUGACGGUGCGGCGCCGUGCGGUGUGCGCGUUGGCGCUCCUCGCGCUGCUCUGCGGCGGCUGUUGCGGGGCGACGGGGGUUGGGGCGGGGGCUCCUGCUACGCCUUCGGUGAGUGUGGCGGUGGAGGUGUCGUGCCCGAACGGUGCAAAGAAGUUAAGUUGGCGCUUUUCUGGCAAGAGUGGUUCUGACUGGACGCCGUGCCCUAACACGCCGGAGGUUGUUGCGGGGAGCAGUGGAACCGACCACCUCACCAACGCCCUCUGCGUCUACGCCGGAUCGUGGUACCUCUCCACCGGCGCGGGCACGAGCUGCCCUACACCUUCAACAGGGGACACUCAGAAGGUUGCGUUUGCCAUGAAAUGCGCGACGGCUGAAGGCAGCGUACUGCACAAGCGGUCGAAGGGCGAAACAGGCCCCUCCGAUGCGCCGGAGAAGAAUACACUUGGCGAGCCGGGCGUGUGUGAGCUCCUACCACCCACUGCAGGAGGAGGCGAGGGAGCACCUGAGCGCCAACCUCAGUUGCAGCCGCCAACUGGUCCACAAGCAGGAAGGGCACCGGGGGCGCCUGCGGCUCCGCCAACAACGACGGCAGAGAACAGGGAAGCAGAUGCACCCGGAAGUACACAAACACCCUCAACCCCUCAAGGCCCUUCCGGCACGCCCAACUCGGCCCCUUCCGCCGGCGGCAAUGAUGGAACCACUACCACUACAACGACCACCAGCAGCCCGAGUGCUGGGAACACGCGAAAAAGCAAUGCGGACAGCAGUGGCACCAUCGCCACUGUGUGGGCGCGUGCCCCACUGCUGCUGUUGCUGCUGCUCACGGCUGCUUUUGCCUCUGCUGCUGGGUAA